UGAUGGAGAUCUAGCGAUGAUCGCGGCUGUACAGGUCGUAUACCCACAAACACACCAUUUUUUGUGCAUCUAUCACAUUGGUGAAAAUAUCAAAAAGAAAGCCAAAUCGAAACUUCAUAGUGAUGUGGCUAAAAAUUUUGUUGAAGAUUUUUAUCAUAUGAGAAAUAGUUGCACCCAAGAACUUUUUGAAUUAAAAUACCAGCACAUACUUACAAAGUAUGAACCCUGUCACUUCUAUCUUGAAACAAAGCUUUAUCCGAAUUAUGAGGCUUGGGCAAGAUAUUCUAUAUUAAAAGUGUUUACAGCUGGCACUGAGUCAACACAAAGGGUGGAGUCAAUAAAUGGUGUUCUUAAGAAACACGUUGAUCGAGGUAUCUUGUUGAAGGAACUAAUAAAAGCAAUCGAACAAGAAUUGGAAAAAGAAGCCAGUUAUAAUCGUAUCAGAGAUUAUUACGGAUCUAAUCCAUCAUCUGGCUUACUGUCUACUUACAAUACCAUUUUCAAGGCUAUUGAUUUGGUUAAGGAGUUCAAUAUUGAAGCUGAUCGUGCAAUUGAACAUUUUUAUGAUGUACCUCAAAUUCAAUUAAGCAAACUUUUAUUAGGUAUAUCAAAUGAGGAAGUACAAGAAAUUUGGGAGGUUUUUUAUAUUGCAGCAACUUCAGCAUCCAAAUCACAUUAUGUCGUAAUUCUUAAAGAUUCGACGUUGCUUUGUACAUGUAUGCAAAUAAUAAAUUUAGGAAUGCCAUGCCGUCAUCAAUAUCGAAUUUUUAUUCAAUCACCUAAUGCAAUUUUUCAUUUGGGGCUUAUUCAUACUCAUUGGUUUAAAUUAAUUCCAUCUGAAAUAAAGCAUGUUACGAUAUCUCAAGGAAUCAAAACUUUCACGUCUACACCAUUAUACCAUAUUAAUCGAAUUCGAACUGCUAAUAUAUAUACGCCAACUAUUAAAGAAUGCAUUGAUAAAAAGGUUCAAUUUGGUACUACGAUGUCACUAGCCAAGACCAGUGUUCAAAUUGCAGUAUCAGAGGGAGUUGCAGCAGAAUUAGUCGGGGUUUUAACCCAAUUCAUAACAAAAUAUCGUCGCAAUACUGGUUUGGGCAUACAAGAGACUCAUAGUAUACAAAAUGAAGAUAUGCAAACAAAUGCCUCUACUAGUGAAAUUGAAUCUGAUAACCGACAACCUCUAAUUAAUUCAGGUUCUCGCUUUAAUACUACUGAAGUUUCUAACCCAGAAUAUCACAAGCCAAGAGGCCAUCCCCCAAAACAAUUGAAAUCGUAUAUUGAAGAAGAUAAAGAAAAUGCUAAGCAACAUUCUAAUCAUGAACAAAGAACGUGCAGCUACUGUCUUGGUAAAGGUCAUAAUAUUCGUGGAUGUGCUCAACAUAAGGCUGAUAUAGUCAACAAAGAAAAUCAUUGA